ACUUACUUCGUCGCAUCCUUGGGACAAUUUAUUUGUGGUUUCUGGAUGAACGCAUUGUCUGAUUGUUCGUUCACUUCAGUGUCUUCAACAUUCCAAAGAGUUUAGAUAAAGAUGGAUCAUGUAUACAAGGGUCAAUUGCAAGCAUAUGCCCUGAAACAUAAUCUGGAGCUACCUGUCUAUGCGAAUGAGCGAGAAGGGCCUCCUCAUGCUCCUCGAUUUAGAUGUAAGGUUACAUUCUGUGGACAGACUUUCCAGAGCCUGGAAUUCUUUCCGACUCUAAAAUCGGCUGAACAUGCGGCUGCGAAAAUUGCAUUGGCUUCAUUGACGCCACAGAGUCCAGAGGGGAUUGAUGUUGCCUACAAGAACCUGUUACAAGAAAUUGCUCAGAAAGAAAAUUCUAUGUUACCAGUUUAUGCAACUGCUACUUCUGGUCCAUCGCAUUCGCCUACCUUUAUUUCAACUGUUGAGUUUGCUGGGAAAGUUUUCACCGGAGAAGAGGCUAAAACCAAAAAGUUGGCUGAAAUGAGUGCUGCUAAACUUGCAUUCAUGAGUAUAAAAAACGGGAACUCGAACCAGACCUCAUCGCCUUCUUUGCCUUGUGAGAGACAAGAAGCUGUAAGUUCAAAUGUGAAGAGCAGUCUACAAGAGAUCCAUUCCCAACCUUCCAAGGUGGUGAUGACCCCUGAUGCCCCAUCAAAGUUGAUUAAAGUGUCUGAAGAUGGAUUUCCAGAUCUUCAUAGUGCACCAGCCACUAAUGCUAAGGAGAUUAACGUUGCUUUGCAUGUGCCUGAAAAUCCUGCAAACGAUGGUACUCUUAAUGCACCAACUACUGAUGGUAUGAAGAUGAACAUUGCUGCUGCUUCUUCUCCUAUACCUCAGAAUCCUACAAACGUUGUUACUCUUAAUGCAUCAUCUACCAAUGGUAUCAAGAGGAACAUUGCUGCUUGUUCUUCGCGUAUGCCUCAGCAUCCCACAAACGAUGGUAGUGAAACAUCAUCAUGUGUAGAUGAGAGUGAGAAGAAGAAGCUCAUAAUGGGAACUGGCCACCUGAGUAUACCAACUGGCCAACAUGUAGUUUGUCGUCCGUGGAACCCGGAGAUAACUCUUCCUCAAGACGCGGAGAUGCUCUUUAGGGAUGAUAGAUUUAUUGCCUAUCGUCUCGGGAAGCCAUAAAGACAUCAUCUUUGAUGCAUAAAGUGUAGGGAAUAUUAAGCUAAGCUAUAUCUCACUGUGUGUAAAUCGAAUAUGUUUAGGCUUCUUGUCUCUGGUUUUCUUAAGCAAUAAGCUAUGUGCUGUGUAAUGACUAAUUUUAGUUUUGAUUGAUAGUAUUUGGAUACUAAGAAAAUCGCAGUGAACUU